AUGUGGCUCGAACACAUCGAAGGAUCAUUGCUUACAGCGUGUAUUACAUUCGCCUGCGGCUCUGGUUUUGCCCUUUUUGGUUAUGAUCAAGGCGUCUUCGGCGGCUUUCUGCAGAAUGACUCGUUUGUCAAAACAUUCAACUCCCCGGAUUCGACCCUCCAGGGCCAGAUAACGGCGACCUAUGACCUCGGCUGCUUUUUUGGCGCUCUAUUUGCCAUGUGGUUCGGAGAUAAAUCAGGUCGCAAGAGGACAAUAUUUUGGGGCUGUGUUACCCUGAUCAUUGGAGCCACUAUCCAAGCGACCUCUUUUCACGUAUCACAAAUGAUAGUUGGACGGUUCAUUGCUGGUAUUGGUAACGGCAUGAAUACUGCGGCGAUCCCUGUUUGGCAGUCGGAAACAGCAGCUGCACACCACCGAGGAAGAUUCAUUGUCCUUCAGCUUGCUCUUAAUCAAGUCGGAAAUGUGAUGUCCCAAUGGAUCAACUACGGUCUCACUUUUGUGGCUACAAACAGCGUGGCCUGGCGAUUCCCCAUUGCGUUCCAAUGUUUCUUUGCUUUAUUGACCCUCAUUUUCCUUCCAUGGCUUCCCGAGUCUCCGAGGUGGCUAGUCAUGAAGGCUCGAACCGAAGAGGCCUUCUCAAUUAUGAAGAGGCUCGGUGGUAAAGAACGCUCAGAAGAAAGCAAUAGGGAGGUUUUGGACGCCAUCGUGAAAAGCGUUCGACAUGAAAUGGAGGCACCGAAGUUCAACAUCAAGGCUUUGGCAAAGAACGAUAGCUUACAAACCACUCGCCGUGUUCUCCUUGGUGCAGGCACCCAGCUCAUGCAGCAAUGGGGAGGCAUAAACGUCAUCAAUUAUUAUCUCCCUGUCGUUUUCUCUUCGCUUGGAGUCAGCCGGAACAUGUCGCUCAUUUUAUCGGCUUGUAAUGCUAUGAACCUGAUGAUAUCCACCUGUUUCGGCGCUCUCUAUAUUGAGACCUUUGGACGGAAGAAAAUGAUGUUCUGGGGUGCUGUAGGGCAAUCUAUCUGCUUCUCCCUCGUCGCUGCUGGUCUUGCCCUCGCUACUAAGCAGUGGGAAGCAGUUGCGGUGGCAUUUGUUUUCGCCUACUACACGACAUUUGGUUUAUCUUGGAUUGCGGUGCCGUGGAUGUACCCGGCUGAGGUCAACACACAGCGAAUGCGCAUUGCUGGUGCCGGCAUUGCCACGGCUACGAACUGGAUCAACAACUACAUUGUCGUCCUGGUCACACCGAUCGGAAUUUCUAACAUCAGUUGGAAGUAUUAUCUGAUCUACGCAGUGUUGAAUGCCGUGUUUGUUCCAAUUGUCGGAUAUUUCUACGUCGAGACAGCUGGCCUCUCCCUUGAGCAAAUCGACUCCUUAUUUGAGAGCAAGUACUCCGAAGAAUCUCGCCCAACUGAUUCCGUCUCCGAGCCACAGUCGGAGAAAGAAAACGUGGAGCACGUUUCACAGGUGUCAAACAUCGCCCACAGUGCAUGA